AUGGGGAAGAUGAUGAUGGUGCUGACGAUGCCACUGCCACUGCCACCGCCUCCGUCACUGCGGGCGAGCCCGCUGAAGCAGAAUCGCGCGAGCAUUACCAAACACUCUCAGCCACCACUGACUUGUGAGCACGUGAAUCUCCUUACUUUUGCCACAACUGAGUCCGGGGCCGAGGAUGCGUCGGGCCGUGUGUCACAGCUGAAGAAGGCCUUGGCCACCCUUAGCGCCGAGAAAAAAGUCAUGACUGAGCGGUUUCAAGCUGAUAAGCGGCAGGCCCUAGAGCAACACCGCCAAGACGUGGAGCGGCUGCGUCUUGACCUGGAUGAGCAAGCCACCAAGCACGCGCAGGAGAUGGACGAACGUGAUGAAGUGCUUGCGUCACGUGAUCGUCAGAUUGAAAGCUUGCGCACCCAAUUGGACGCCAGAAGUGAGGAGUUGCGCCAGGCCGAUACACAGCUACGCUCCAUCAAGGCGACGCAUGCCCGUGAACUCGAGCGCCAGGCAGCAGAGCUGGCUGCGAGCUCAGAUCUGGCUCUGCAGUCUGCUGAUUUGCAAAAGCAAGUACGCAUGGCUCGUGAGCGCGAACUCGAUGCCCUGGCCCGCAUUGACGAAGCACGACGUGAGGGCGAGGUGGCCAUCGCGCGGCGUGAGGCUGAGAAGCAAGCCUUGCAGGCGGAAAUCGACCGCCUCAACGCGCGUAAAGAAAGCGAAAUCCUUUUGCGUUACAAAAAGGACCUGCGUGCUGCUCGCCACCAAAUCGAGUAUUUGCAGGACCAGCUCGAGCAAGCUGCCGCAGACAAAGCACGCAUGCUCGAAGAUGCACAGCAGCGUAUUCUUGCUAUGGAGCAGACUGCUGUGCAAAGCGAGCAGCAGCUUGCUCAAAUGCAGACUGAAUUUGAUCGCGAGCGAAGCGCCUACGAGGCCCAUUCUGCAGAACACGCCAAUCUCAUUGGGCGUUAUGAAGAGUGGCGACAACGUGAUGAUCGCGUGGCACAGGAGCUUCGGAUGCAGUUGGCUGAUAUGCAAGAGCGAUAUGAUGCCCUAGAGACUCGUCUGACUGCACUCCACUCCUCAGGUAACGGAGCGAAUUCAAAAGUGGUGGCGCAGCUCGAGGCAAAGGUCAAAGAGCUCGAGCAACAGCUCCUUGCCAAUCAAUCACAUCCACAUACUGUUCAUGAGGCCAAACCGGGAAGUGCCGACCCCGCUGCUUUGGGCACGCUGGUUCCACCGCCAUGGCUGACGCAGCUGUUGAAUAACAAUCAGACAUGCGAAGAGGAGCUGCAAUCAGCCAAGGAGCAAGCUGCUGCCAUGGAGCACCAGAAGCAGCGGUUGUCCGAGACGGUCCAAGAGGUUCGCCAGGAACUACGAGAGCAGCUUCAGGGCGCUGAUAAUGAGUGGCGUGCGACCGUGGACAAACUGCGGACAGAGUACGAUUAUAAGGCCGCUGGCAUGUCUGAUGAUCCCCAGCAGACGCAUCUCAUGUCCUACGAUUCAUUGCCCACAGACACAAAUUGGCUCUCGAAGCGCUUCACCAAGACAUGUCGGCAUCCCUGCAAGCUCAGCAGGAAACCCGAGAGCGAACAAUGGCUCUUUUAA